GUACAAAUCUCUACCAUUUUCUAUUUGUUCUACAUAUAUAAACACAUAAUACUUAACUAAUAGUAACACCAUUCACCAAAAAGCUACUAAACCAAUACCAUAUCCUUUCUUUAUACAGAGAAUUAGAGAUAGAGAUAUAUCCGCCAUGGGAGAUUCUAAGCAGAGGAAUAAUAUCAGAGUUCUAAUAUUUCCAUGGUUAGCUCAUGGCCACUUAACUCCGUUGCUAGAGCUAGCCAAGAAGCUUAAUCUAAAAAAUUUCCACAUCUAUUUUUGUUCUACUCCAGCAAAUCUCAAUUCCCUCAAGCCCAAACUUGUUUCCAAUUCUAUAGAACCGGUGGAGCUUCAUCUUCCAUCACUUCCUGAUCUCCCUCCUCACCACCACACAACCAAAGGCCUCCCACCCCAUCUCUUGCCCACCCUUCACAGAGCUUUGGACAUGGCCAAGCCUAACUUAGCCGAUAUCCUUGAAACCCUGAAACCAGAUCUGAUCAUCCAUGAAUUUUUCCCACCAUGGAUGCCAGAUUUAACUUCUUCUUUGCACAUUCCAUCUGUUUCCUUCGUUAAUGUUGGAGUCACCUUGAUAUCUUGUGUGGUUCAUCGCGCCAAGAAAAAGAAUGAUCGUGAAUAUCCAUAUCCACAAAUCUUCCCUGAUGAUAUGGAUACCAAGAUCACAACGAUCCUUGAAGUUUCUGUAACUGACUAUGAAAAUAUUCUGCAAUUCUACGAAAGAUGCGGCCGUAUCAUGUUUGUUAAAUCUUUUGAAGAGCUCAAAGGGAAAUAUAUGGAUUAUCUCUCCGUUCUUCUAGGCAAGAAGAUUGUUCCGGCCGGUCCACUUGUUCCUGACCUCAUGGACGACGAUGCAGAAGGCAUGGACAUCAUCAACUGGCUCGACAAGAAAGAGAAGGCGUCGACCGUGUUCGUGUCGUUUGGAAGUGAGUGUUAUCUCUCCAUUGAAGAUAUGGAGGAGAUGGCUCAUGGGUUGGAGCUUAGCAAGGUGAAUUUCAUAUGGGUUGUCAGGUUUCCUGAAGGAGAGAAAAUGAAGCUUGGAAAAGCUCUUCCAAAUGGGUUUUUAGAAAGGGUAAAAGAGAAGGGAUUGGUUGUUGAGAAUUGGGCACCACAAAUGAAGAUUUUAAAUCAUUCAAGUGUUGGUGGGUUUGUGAGUCAUUGUGGAUGGGGUUCACUCACUGAGAGCAUAAAAUUUGGUGUUCCAAUUAUAGCAACUCCUAUACAAUAUGAGCAGCCAUGGAGUGCUAAAUUAAUAGUGGAAUGUGGGAUUGGUUUGGAGGUUGAGAGGAGCAGCAAUGGCGGUCUUCAACGGGAAAAUAUAGCAAAAGUUAUCAAACAGGUAGUGAUUGAUAAAACAGGGGAAUGUAUUCGAAGGAAAGCAAAAGAAAUGAGUGACAACAUCAAAAGGAAAGGUGACCAAGAGAUUGAUGUGGUUGUAGAAGAACUUCUGCAGAUUUUAUGAAUUAUGUAACUUAAUUGAUAUGCAACUUUAUAUUUUGAGAAUCCAAUACACAAUUUCUAUGGAUGAUAUAUUUACUUUAUUAGA